GGCAUUUUCGUGUUCUCCGUCUGCCUGCGUGGAUUUGCUCUAAAUAUUCGCCCUUUUCUCACAGUCCAAAGUCCUGCGAGUUUGAGCUGAUGGCUGUUCACUAAACUAGACAAAGUGCUUACAGUUUAUAAUAAAGGCCUGCCUCCAGAUGUUUUAAGUGUGCAAAACUAGUGCGGCGUAUACAACCGCUUCAUCAUCCUAAAAUACAUUGGAAUACUCACAGGAAUACAUGGCAGUAAUAUAACGUGUCUAUGUCUGCUCUUUAUCUUGGAGUGUCGUUUUUAUUUGGAAUGAGGCAUUCACUGAGGAGUAUGAGACGUAGUUGUGGUUGUGCAGGAUUCCCAGCAGCAUUCCUUUAGGCUCCGCCAACAGCUGUCCAAGUGAGACUGUCCGGCAGAGCGCAGGCUAGAGGAGGGGAAUGGGACCGAGUGCUAAAGCAGUGACUUCUUCAGCACAAACAGACAACGGAUACCGUUCCACAACAGGUAUUCGAAGAAUUUGAAGAGACAGUCAGACUUUUAGGGAAUUCAUUCAGCUUGAAUUUUUAGGAAAACGGUAUUCUGUGAUGUCUUUCCAAGACCUUCGAGACUCUUUUGAAACGUUCUCUCAACACAUGAAAACGGGGCGCAGUCGGAAUAAAGAGCGGUUGCAAGCCAGCCUGGCCGGGUUAUGUGAGCUUGAGCUUCUCAAACAGAGACAGGAAAGCAGGGUGCUGUGCGCUCUUGGGAUCAAGGACCCUUCGUCAACCGGGGGCCCGGCUUGGGGAACUCUAUGCUCGGAACUUUGUGCUAUGGACGCACCGAACGGGAAGGAAAGCUAUGGUCUCAAUCUCCACCAUAGCAGUCUGCAGUUUACUCCCUGGGGUUUAAGUGCAUCUUUAGAAGAGCAGGUGGCAGAGCUGAAGGUGGACUGUGAAGUCAAAUCAUCAGACUCCACUAAUCUGGAUGCCAGCCAAGUCAUUUCAGGGAAGGCCCGUGUAGCCAAGCAAAAUGGAUCUUCUGAAAUGAAUUGCCACCCCGUGACCCCAUGUUCCCUCUCAGCCCCUGAGGGGAGUGGUGAGAAAGAGACAAAAAAACCAUAUAUGUCCACCCUGACAAGACAUGCCAUCGUUACCGGUGCUGUAGGGAAAUUGAAAGAAGUUGACCCCAGUCUGUAUGAUUAUCAACAAACCCAAAAGGUUGAGACUUACAUAUUUGGAGUGAUUCAACGACGAACUCUACCCACACGGCCCUCAAAGCCUCGUACGAGCCUGGCACAUGAUGCCCGAGUUGUUAAUGUGGUAAGGCAGAGUAGUUUGUGCCAAAAGGAUGAGCAACAUUUACCAAAACAGGAGUCUUCUCAAGAGAUCAUUGCACCCUCCCAGUGGUCAGAAGGAAUUGCUUCAGAGGCUGGCCAUAACCUAGAUCAGGAGCAAUACCUUAGGAUAGGGCCUACUGAAGAUCCACCACUCCCAUAUCAUCUCCAGCAAAAGGGGCUUUAUACCAAACCCAGGCAAGCCUCCAUGAUGCUGCUUGACUAUCCAGCUUGUAAAGAUGUCCAACCAGACUCCAGCACUACUGAGCCUGACUUAUCCCAACAUCUCCCCAAGUACCAGUCCCCUCCAGCAGCAGCAGCAAAGUCUACUCAACCAUCUUCUCCCGAAGAUCAUCUGGUCAGUGCAGAGUAUAUUCCAGGUCAGCCUUGUCGGACCUCCAACCGAGCUUAUGCACAUCACCACACCAACCACCACAAAGGUCCUGGGGUGUCCAAAUCCAACCGAUGUACAUAUUCUCCAGAAAGACUCUAUCAUCAGGAGCAGCAACCCACGGCUUUUCAUAUCCAACCCCCAAGGUACAGAGGAGGCCCAAAGAAAUGUCGAUCAAAUGAAGACAGAAGUGGUGGCAGCAGAAAGCCAGGGAAGAAGGCGUGCAGGUCUCAGUCAGAGAAUAGCUUACAAAGGUUUCCAGAGCGCAAGUUUAAUACAGUCGAGAGGGAUGGUAGUGGAAAUGGGAAUGCUGGAAGGGGAAGCCGCGGUAAUCAACCCAGAAGCAAAAAGCAGCAACAAAGUAGCGGUAGCUACAGGCGCUCGCUGUCCACUUUGGAGCUCAGCCAAGAUGAAGCUGAUCAGCCACCUGUGACAAUACCUGUGCAAAGCUCUUCAACAUCCAACCAAAACUGCUGUCUUAGGCGCACACGUAAACCCCGUCCUACACACACAUCAUAUGCUUACCCCACAACCUCGUACCAUUUCCACCAUCAUCAGCACAUGGAGUUUCAGUUGGAAAGGGACCAAGCGCAACUGUGUCAGGCCACCGAUGACUAUUCUCACGCAGGUCAGGUAGAGUCUGAGUCGAGCAUGAGUGAGGCUGACUCUCCAGAUUCCAGCUCUUUGUCCAGUGAUUCAGAUGAAAGUGGUGGUCUGGUUUGGCCACAGCAAUUACCCCCAAGACUUUCCCUCCCAUCAACACUUGCUCCAUCUGGAGCACCUCUGCAGCCUAAGGCUUUUGUCAAGAUAAAGGCCUCACAUGCACUUAAAAAGAAGAUCUUGCGCUUCCGUACUGGUUCACUGAAAGUAAUGACCACUGUAUGAAGUGAAACAAAUGCCAAAGUGAAGUAACAUGAGAUGCAGUCCUUGAGUUUAUGUACAGUGAUGACAUAUUACAUGGAAAUGCUAAUGAACUGAUUUUGGACAUGAAUGGGUUUUAGUCUCAACAAGCAAUGAAGGAAAUGGCUGUCACUCUAUGCAUCUAUGCAUCUCCAAUCUCUGUUUCAAAAGUAAGAUGUAUAAAUGACAUUUUCCAUGAUAGUAGAAGUCUUAAGUAGAUGACUCACGCUAAAAAACUCCUUGUCUUUGGUCAGAUAAGUCCUGAAACACUGUCACGCAUGCACAUGUAUAUCAUAUUCCAAACCAUGUAUGUCUUCAUUUGAAUUAGUGUGACACAAAUUAAAAUGAUAAAGGGCCUAAUGUGAGACCAAGAUUUUUGUUUGGGACUUGGUUGUAUAAAUCACAACAUUAUAGACUGUGUCUGUAGUGUUGUGAAAUUCACUUCACAACACUACUCAUCUUAAGGCACAACAUACCAACAAGGUUUCACUAGAAACCAAGUUUCAAAGGUUUUGGUGAGCUCGCUGUCUGAAUGUGCCUACUUUUACUCACCCAAAAUGGUGCUGUGUGUAAAUCAAAGACACGUGUGAGCAGAGCUUAAGUACAUUAAUAUUAAUUUGUUUUAUUUAAUAUAUUUGCAUUGUUUAGUAUGUCGUAUCUCACACAGUGCCCUCAGGUAAAAGUUAUAUAUUCUCAAGUACAAAAAAAUGAAACAGUACAGUAAAACCUGUGCAUGCAUUGAACCAUUAAAACUACAAGACUGAAAGAUAUUCCAGAUAAGGUGACGAUAACUGGAACCUCCUUAUGGACAGGUCUUACUUAUCUUAUAGUUCAGUUUCACUGGAGCAAAAACAGGAAAAGUGCUUGCAGCUGGGAAAAAAAUCGUCCUUUUUUUACUUAUUAAUUUUUUACAGUUGGAGAACGACUGUAAGCAGUUGCAGUGAAAAGCUAGACCCCCAGAGGUUACACCAACAACCCCCUCAAUGUCUGGAUGACCGGUGGGUUGUUUCAGAUCUGUUAGCUUCUAGCUGGACUCUGAAAGUAAGUCAUUCAUUUCUGGGUAUGUAGAUGAGCACAGGCUAUUAGAACGACUGCAGCAUUUAAAUAAAGUCAUUGCCAAUCGUAUUUAAAUGUAUUUUGCAAAUAACUUGAACCCAGUUCAGUCACAGAGAGAUGGCAGACUAAUAGUAGACCAGUAACUCUGUCUUUAUUGCCUGUUUAUCAUUUUACACAUUUACAAAAAUUUUUAACAUUAAGUUCUAUUGCUAUUUUCAAUCACUGUGUGACUCUGAUGUCUCUGAUAUCUAGGGUUCAAUAUUCUCUUUCGAGUGUGUAAUGUCAACUUUACAAAAUUAAGGAUGCAAUAAGUUGGACAAGGGAUUUUUAAAAAGCAGAUUAUUUGAAAUCAAUCACCAUAAAAAUGAAAUAAUAAAUGCUUCUAUUGUGACAAUGACUCGGCACACACACAGGCA